CGGCGGGUUGGCGGCCGCAGCUAUUUGAGCGCCGGUCCCGGGCGAGCGCUCAGAGCGCCGGGAGCCCGCGCGGCGGAGACAUCGCGGCGCAGCCGGCAGCCCGCAGAGGCGCCGCGGCCCGUGCAGCCCGAGGUCCCGCGCCAGGAGGCGGAGGAGAGGCCGAGAGCGCCCGCCGCCCGCGCCCCCCUCCCCGCGGCGCCGCGUCUUGAAUGGAAACAUGGCGGUGCCGGCUCGGACCUGCGGCGCCUCCCGGCCCGGCCCCGCGCGGACCGCGCUGUCCCGGCCCCGCCGCGGCCCCCAGCCCGGCCCCGGCGCCCCGCGCCCCGCGUCCGGGCCCCCGCGCCGGCUGCUGCGGCUCCUGCCGCCGCUGCUGCUGCUGCCGCUGCUCGCCGCCCCCGGCGCCUCUGCCUACAGCUUCCCGCAGCAGCACACGGUGCAGCACUGGGCGCGGCGCCUGGAGCAGGAGAUCGACGGCGUGAUGCGCAUCUUCGGGGGCGCCCAGCAGCUCCGGGAGAUCUACAGGGACAACCGGAAUCUGUUCGCGGUGCAGGAGAACGAGCCUCAGAAGCUGGUGGAGAAGGUGGCCGGCGACAUCGAGGGGCUGCUGGCCAGGAAGGUGCAGGCCCUGAAGAGAUUGGCCGAUGCCGCAGAGACCUUCCAGAAAGCCCACCGCUGGCAGGACAACAUCAAGGAGGAAGACAUCGUGUACUACGACGCCAAGGCUGACGCUGAGCUGGACGACCCUGAGAUUGAGGAUGUGGAAAGGGGGGCCAAGGUCAGCACCCUGAAGCUGGACUUCGUUGAGGACGCCAACUUCAAGAACAAGGUCAACUACUCGUACACAGCGGUGCAGAUCCCCACGGACAUCUACAAAGGCUCCACCGUCAUCCUCAACGAGCUCAACUGGACGGAGGCCCUGGAGACCGUGUUCACCGAGAACCGCCGGCGCGACCCCACGCUGCUGUGGCAGGCCUUCGGCAGCGCCACCGGGGUCACCCGCUACUACCCAGCCACUCCGUGGCGAGCCCCCAAGAAAAUCGACCUGUACGACGUCCGAAGGAGACCCUGGUACAUCCAGGGGGCCUCCUCCCCCAAGGACAUGGUCAUCAUCGUGGACGUGAGCGGCAGCGUCAGCGGCCUGACCCUGAAGCUCAUGAAGACGUCCGUGUGCGAGAUGCUGGACACGCUCUCGGACGACGACUACGUGAACGUGGCCUCGUUCAACGAGAAGGCGCAGCCCGUGUCCUGCUUCACGCACCUGGUGCAGGCCAACGUGCGCAACAAGAAGGUGUUCAAGGAGGCCGUGCAGGGCAUGGUGGCCAAGGGCACCACGGGCUACAAGGCCGGCUUCGAGUACGCCUUCGACCAGCUGCAGAACUCCAACAUCACCCGCGCCAACUGCAACAAGAUGAUCAUGAUGUUCACGGACGGGGGCGAGGACCGCGUGCAGGACGUCUUUGAGAAGUACAACUGGCCCAACCGCACGGUGCGCGUGUUCACCUUCUCCGUGGGGCAGCACAACUACGACGUCACGCCCCUGCAGUGGAUGGCCUGCGCCAACAAAGGUUACUAUUUUGAGAUCCCUUCCAUCGGAGCCAUCCGCAUCAACACACAGGAAUAUCUGGACGUACUGGGCAGGCCCAUGGUGCUGGCGGGCAAGGAGGCCAAGCAGGUGCAGUGGACCAACGUGUACGAGGACGCGCUGGGGCUGGGGCUGGUGGUGACAGGGACCCUCCCAGUGUUCAACCUGACGCAGGAUGGCCCUGGGGAGAAGAAGAACCAGCUGAUCCUGGGCGUGAUGGGUAUUGAUGUGGCGCUGAAUGACAUCAAGAGGCUGACUCCCAACUACACCCUUGGAGCCAACGGCUACGUGUUUGCCAUUGACUUGAACGGCUACGUGUUGCUGCACCCCAACCUCAAGCCCCAGACCACCAACUUCCGGGAGCCCGUGACUCUGGACUUCUUGGAUGCAGAGCUGGAAGAUGAGAAUAAGGAGGAGAUCCGUCGGAGCAUGAUCGACGGCAACAAGGGCCACAAGCAGAUCAGAACAUUGGUCAAGUCCCUGGACGAGCGGUACAUCGAUGAGGUGAUGCGGAACUACACCUGGGUGCCCAUAAGGAGCACCAACUACAGCCUAGGGCUCGUGCUCCCUCCCUACAGCACCUUCUACCUCCAAGCCAAUCUCAGCGACCAGAUCCUGCAGGUCAAGUAUUUUGAGUUCCUGCUCCCCAGCAGCUUUGAGUCUGAAGGACAUGUUUUCAUUGCUCCCAGAGAGUAUUGCAAGGACCUGAAUGCCUCAGACAACAACACCGAGUUCCUGAAAAACUUCAUCGAGCUCAUGGAGAAAGUGACUCCGGACUCCAAGCAGUGCAACAACUUCCUUCUGCACAACCUGAUCUUGGACACGGGCAUCACCCAGCAGCUGGUGGAGCGCGUGUGGCGGGACCAGGAUCUCAACACGUACAGCCUUCUGGCCGUGUUUGCUGCCACUGACGGCGGCAUCACCCGAGUGUUCCCCAACAAGGCAGCUGAAGACUGGACAGAGAACCCGGAGCCCUUCAAUGCCAGUUUCUACCGCCGCAGCCUGGAUAACCGCGGAUACGUCUUCAGGCCCCCACACCAGGAGGCCCUGCUCAGGCCUCUGGAGCUGGAGAAUGACACGGUGGGCAUCCUGGUCAGCACCGCUGUGGAGUUCAGUCUGGGCGGACGCACCCUGAGACCAGCAGUGGUGGGUGUUAAGCUGGAUCUAGAAGCCUGGGCUGAGAAGUUCAAGGUGCUAGCCAGCAACCGUACCCACCAGGACCAGCCUCAGAAGCAGUGCGGCCCCAGCACCCACUGUGAGAUGGACUGCGAGGUUAACAAUGAGGACCUGCUCUGUGUCCUCAUUGAUGAUGGGGGAUUCCUGGUGCUGUCGAACCAGAACCACCAGUGGGACCAGGUGGGCAGGUUCUUCAGUGAGGUGGAUGCCAACCUGAUGCUGGCCCUCUACAACAACUCCUUCUACACCCGCAAGGAGUCCUACGACUACCAGGCCGCCUGCGCCCCACAGCCCCCGGGCAACCUGGGUGCUGCUCCCCGGGGCGUCUUUGUGCCCACCAUCGCAGACUUCCUGAACCUGGCCUGGUGGACCUCGGCGGCGGCCUGGUCCUUGUUCCAGCAGCUUCUCUAUGGCCUCAUCUACCACAGCUGGUUCCAAGCAGAUCCCGCCGAGGCCGAGGGCAGCCCCGAGGCGCGCGAGAGCAGCUGCGUCAUGAAGCAGACGCAGUACUACUUCGGGCCGGUGAACGCCUCCUACAACGCCAUCAUCGACUGUGGCAACUGCUCCAGGCUGUUCCACGCGCAGAGACUGAUGAACACCAACCUGCUCUUCGUGGUGGCGGAGAAGCCGCUGUGCAGCCAGUGUGAGGCCGGCCGGCUGCUGCAGAAGGAGACGCACUCGGACGGCCCGGAGCAGUGCGAACUGGUGCAGAGACCGCGAUAUCGGAGAGGCCCGCACAUCUGCUUCGACUACAACGCGACAGAAGAUACCUCAGACUGCGGCCGCGGAGCCUCCUUCCCGCCGUCGCUGGGCGUCCUGGUCUCCCUGCAGCUGCUGCUCCUCCUGGGCCUGCCUCCCGGGCCGCAGGCUCAUCAAGUCCACGCCCACACCUCGCGCCGCCUCUGAGCAGCCCUCCUGGCUCCCCCCAGGCCUCCCGCAUUCCCCGCUCCCCCUUAGAUCCUCACCCCCUAUCUCACUGAAGGACUGAACGCACCAGGCCCCCAGAGGCUUAGCCUUGGAGGGGGUGCGGGGUGCCCACAGGAGGGCGCUGCAGGUCUUUGGCGCCCAGGCACAUCUGCUGCUGAACUGUCCGUGUCUCCAGACCCCCAUUUCCGCUGGACUUACCCACCCCUGGGACAGGGAAGCCACAGUACUGGUGCCAAACCAGGCCCCACUGCCCACCCUGCCCCACGGAACUGCUCCAACCUGGCCCUGCUGCCCCACUUGGGACCAAAUGUGGGUUCCCUGGGGACAGCGGAGCCCCGUGUGUCCCAGCUUCAGUCCUGGCAGGAGAGGUCCUGGGCCAGCACCCCUGGGUCCUGCUCCUCUCAGGCCUCCAUCCCCUUCCCCCUCCACCCAAGCCCGGCAGGUGUCAAGCAGUGACGUGAAACUGGCUCAGACACACCCACACACACCUGGAGCCUGAGGGCAGGAACUGAUUCGGAGCAGACACAUCCCGGAGGACACACACAGACACGCACAGGGGGGGGGGGGGGGGCCAUGAAGCCUUACAGAGGGGCAGGGCUGGCGGGAGGGCUGGCAUGCACACACUCCCGCUCCUGCUCACUGCCUGCCUCUAGCCUGACCUGCAGCCCAGCUGAUCCUCCAUCUAAAGCUGAAUGUCAAACAGUGCCAAAUGCUGGGGCAGGGGGCAAAGGCCCCUCUGUACCCCCCUAGCCGCCAGUGUCCCCUAAAUGCCCUCCCCCCCCCACCCCCCGCCAGGUGCUCAUUGUAACCAUUUAUCAGUAGUGUCAGGCCCCUGUGGGACCACAUACCACUGCCCGCACCCCCGGCAGAGGAACCCUCACCAGACAGCGCCCUUUGCCUUAGCAGGGUGACGUGAUUGCUCCUGGCUGGGCCACCCCACCCCACAACCUGGCCCUUACACACUCAGGCUUGUGCCCACCUCCUGUCUCCUUCCCAUUCACACACACUCCCUACCCCCAGGAGGCCAAACUGCUCCUCCCUGCUGAACACACACUUGCACACGCAUACACACAUAGACACACUCUGUGCACACAAAGAGGCUGAGCCUGGGCACACUUCUUCACACCAUUCAUUCUGGUCAUUUCCUCCAGAGGCAUCCCAGCCUGGGGGCUGGUGGGGGACUGAGGGCAGGGAUGUGGCCAUGGGGCUCAGAUGGACUGGGAGGAGGGGGGAGGGAUGCAUUAAUUAAUGGCUCCGUUAAUUAAUGUCAUGUUGCUUGUCGCUUUCUCGGUGUGUGUGUCUGGUCCAUGCCCGCUGCUGGUGCCAGGGUGGGUGUCCAUGCUGUACACCCAGCCUUGAUGCCAGCCGUGUCUCAUGAGGGCGUGUGUGUAACUGUAGUGUAGUCAGGUGCUCAAUGGGGAACAUAAAAAUAAAAAAGAAUCAAACAUAUACAGAAAAAUAAAUAUAUUUUAAGUUUAAAAAACGGAAAAACAGACAAAACAAUUCCCAUCAGGUAGUUGUCCAACCCCCAGCUGGGUCUGACCCUUCUCAUUGCCCACCUGACCUGGCUGCCCCCUCACCUCGGGCUCGGGGGAUCUGGGGGGGACUUGGGGGCCAUUUCCUCUUCUCUGCCCUUUUUUUUUGGUUGUUCUAUUUUGUACAGACAAGUCAGAAAAACAACAGCGACAAAAAAGUCAAGAAACUUUGUAAAAUAUUGUGUGUGUGAUUCCUUGUAAAAUAUUUUCAAAUGGUUUAUUACAGAAGAUCAGUUAUUAAAUAAUGUUCAUAUUUUCACUUCAAA